AUGGAGGAGUCAUCGUCAUCAUCAUCAGCAACAAUGUUAAAAUUAACUGCAUCCAAUUACUCCAUUUGGAAGCCAAGAAUGGAGGACAUCCUUUACUGCAAGGAUUUGUAUGAGCCCCUUCAAUUGCUGGGACAAAAACCAGAAGGGAAGUCAGACGAUGCAUGGAGCAUUAUGAAUAGAAAAGCUGUCGGACAAAUCCGACAAUGGGUGGAUCAAAGUGUAUUCCACCAUGUGGCACAAGAGACGGAUGCAUACAAAUUAUGGACAAAAUUGUCGUCCAUGUACGAGCGAAAGACCGCUCAAAAUAAGGCAUCGGUUAUCCGACGGUUGGUAAACCUUAAGUACAGAGAUGGUCGAAGUGUUACCGAGCAUCUUAGUGACUUCCAAGGUUUGAUCAACCUGUUGAUGAAUAUGAAGAUGGUCCUUGAUGAUGAGUUACAAGCACUAGUGUUACUCAGCUCUUUGCCUGAUAGCUGGGAUACACUAGUAGUAUCCUUAAGCAAUUCAGCUCCUCAAGGUGUUCUUACAUUGGACAUAGUUAAAGAUAGCAUGUUCAAUGAAGAAGCAAGGAGGAAAGAACAAAGUGUUGUAGCCGAGUCAGAAGCCCUCGUCUCAGAGUAUCGUGGAAGAACUAACAAUAGAAAAUUCCACAGGCGAGACAAGUCAAAGGUCAGGUCAAGAGAUGGCUCGAGAGGAAGGUCCAAGACAAGAAAGGACCUAGAAUGUUACCAUUGUGGUGGGAUAGGCCACAUGAAGAGAGAGUGCAGGUUGUUUAAACGAGAGCAAGAUAGAGGUAAUGAAAAGAGUGAUGCGAGGCACACGACCGCAACUACCUCUGGUGGAAAUGAGGUAAUUAUUCUAUGUGGUGAUGGCUUCGUUAAUUUUUCCUCUCAAGAUACAUGCUGGAUAAUGGAUUCUGGUGCAUCAUUUCAUGUCACCUCAAGAAGGGACUUCUUUACAUCUUACACUAAUGGAGAUUUUGGUAAUGUGCGGAUGGGAAAUGACAAAUUGUCUAAGAUCGUGGGAAGAGGAGAUAUUUCCCUUGAAACCAACACAAGUUGUCACUUGGUCCUCAAGGAUGUGAGACAUGUUCCAGACAUGCGUCUCAAUCUAAUCUCCACUGGAUUACUUGACGAUGAAGGAUACACCAAUGUCUUUGCUGAAGGGAAAUGGAAACUCAGCAAGAAUUCUCUUGUCCUAGCACGAGGGAAGAAGGAAAACACCCUAUACAUGACACAUGCAAAAGUCAGUAAUGGGUACGUAAAUGCUCUCGCAGAAGACUCGAUUGAGCUAUGGCAUAAAUGGCUCGGUCACAUGAGCAAGAAAGGGCUACAAAUUCUUGCCAAAAGAGAGGCAUUGACUGGGAUGAAGAAAUGCAUGCCUCUAAAAUCAUGCACGCAUUGCUUGGCUGGAAAGCAGCAUAGAGCUUCGUUUCAACAUGGUCAUGCACAAAGAAAACCGAAUGUAUUAUGUUGUGUACUCUGA